ACAGCAGAAAGUCUUCAACAUCUUGCAUGUUACGUAUUUCACUGCUCCCAUCAGCUUGGAGACAACAUGUGGCUCUUCACAGCUCUGCUCCUUUGGGUUCCAGUUGGUGGGCAAGUGGCAGACCCCACAAAGGCAGUGAUCACCUUGCAGCCUCCAUGGGUCAGUGUAUUCCAAGAUGAAAAUGUAACCUUAUGGUGUGAGGGACCCCGUCUGCCUGAGAACAGCUCUACACAGUGGUUUCUCAAUGGCACAACCAUUCAGAUCUUGACCCCCAGAUACAGAAUCGCUGCUACUAGCGUCAAUGAUGGUGGUGAAUACAGAUGCCAGACAGGUCUCUCAGUGCCAAGUGACCCUAUACAGCUGGAAAUCCACAGAGAUUGGCUACUACUCCAGGUCUCUAACAGAGUCUUCAUUGAAGGGGAACCUCUGGCCUUGAGGUGUCAUGGAUGGAAGAAUAAGCGGGUGUACAAUAUACUUUUCUAUCAAGAUGGCAAAGCCUUUAAAUUUUCUCCUUGGAAUUCUGAAUUCACCAUUCGGAAAACCAACGUGAGUCACAAUGGCAUCUAUCACUGCUCAGGCCUGGGAUUGCAUCGCUACACAUCAGCAGGAGUACCUAUCACUGUAAAAGAGCUAUUUCCAGCCCCAGUGCUGAAAGUAUCCUCAUCAUUACCGAUCCUGGAGGGGAAUCUGGUCAACCUGAGUUGUGAAACCAAGUUGCUCCUACAGAGGCCUGGUUUGCAGCUUUACUUCUCCUUCUAUGUGGACAGAAAGAUCCUGAUGAGCAGGAACACAUCCUCUGAAUACCAGAUACUAACUGCUAAAAGAGAAGAUUCUGGGCUAUACCAGUGUGAGGCUACCACAGAAGAUGGAAAUGUCAUCAAGCACAGCCCUGAGUUGGAGCUUCAAGUUCUUGGGCUCCAGUCACCAACUUCUGUCUGGUUUCAUGUCCUUUUCCAUCUGGCAAUGGGAGUAAUAUUUUUGGUGGACACUGUUUUCUAUGUGAUAAUACAUAAGGAACUUCAAAGAAAGAAAAAGUGGAAUUUAGAAAUCUCUUUGGACUCUGGUCAUGAGAAGGCGGUAUCUUCCUACCUUUAAAAAGAAAGACAUGGGCCGGCCCCAUGGCUUAGCGGUUAAGUGCUCACGCUCCGCUGCCAGCGGCCCGGGUUUGGAACCCCGGGCGCACACCAACGCACUGCUUCUCCGGCCGUGCUGAGGCCGUGUCCCACAUACAGCAACUAGAAGGAUGUGCAGCUAUGACACACAACUAUCUACUGGGGCUUUGGGGGAAAAACAAAUAAAUAAAAAUUUUAAAAAAAAAUUUAAAAAGAAAGACAGUUUGAAGAAGAGCUGAAAUAUCAGAAGUAAGAACAGCUGCAAGAAAGACACACCAGAAGAAGCCCCAGGAGGGAGGGCAGAAGCAGCAGCUCAGUGGGUGCCCAUAGAUCUAAACAGUCCCUACCCCUUCCUCUCUGGGUAAGCGUUGGGGCACAAACAUCCACAACUUGAAAGACACUAGAACUAUGAGUCCCAUGGCAUUUAAC